AUGUCCGAGAAUUGCAGGUCCUGUACAGCGACUUACGCUCAGGGCAACAUCAAGAAGCGCCUGAUUGUCUGCUGUGACGGCACCUUCGGCGCGAUCGACAAAGGAAACGACCAGUAUGCUAGCAAUGUAGCAAGACUAUCCCGUGUCAUCUCUCGCGUUGGCGUCAACGAUAAGCGAGAGAAGAUUCCUCAAGUCGUCUACUACCAGUCCGGAAUUGGUACUGGCGCAGUCGGCAAAGUCAACAAGAGUUAUCAAGGUGCUGUUGGUGGCGGUCUUGCUGAGAAUGUGUGCGAGGCUUACAACUUUCUCGCAAACAAUUGGGGCCCUGAUGAUGAGAUCUUCAUCUUCGGCUUCUCCAGAGGUGCCUACACGGCCCGUUCGCUGGCUGGCUUCAUCUGCGAAGUCGGCCUCCUCACCCCUCUCCAUCUGGAUAGCUUCUAUGAUGUCUAUCUCGCCUACAAGACAAGAGGCAAGGAGGCCUUUUCCAAGACAAAGUGGGCUCAAGACAAGCUUGAGCCUGGAGAACUCGGCACUCUGCCGCCCCAGCAGGGCAGGGAUCCGUAUCCCUAUGGCAGUCGCUACGAUUAUCUGAAGACCAUUUCCCACAUGCACGUGCCAAUCAAAGUCGUCGGUGUCUGGGACACUGUAGGCAGCAUCAACGCCACGACUUGGUUUGUCCAGGCCGGCGACGACACAUCAUUUCACUCAACAAAGCUUCAUCCCCGCAUUGAGAACGCGUUCCACGCGCUUGCAAUUGAUGAGACUCGUGGAAACUUUCCACCAACUCUCUGGUACAAGGAUUCGACCUGCCCCAAUGUCAACCUCAAGCAGGUCUGGUUCCCUGGAUAUCAUUCAGAUGUUGGCGGUCACAGCGCAAGCAACAUCGACACCAACAGCGUCGAUGAGAUCGCCUUUUCGUGGAUGAUUGAUCAGAUUCACGGCAAGCUCCAAGUCAGCGGUACCGCGCUCCAGAAGUAUAUCCUCUUCCGCCUCAGUGACAACAACUUCGUCACGACCAACACUAAGGUCCGAGACAUGGCGGCAGCCUGGUCAAAGGUCCAAUGGAGUGACGGCACCCUUGAGGACACGAAUCCGUGGUUGUCAGUUUGGUGGAUCAGCUCGAGCGUGUCGACAUUGUCGGCUUCCUACAAGCGUGUUCCAGGAGAAACCAAGGCGACCGAGAACGGGGUUCAGAUUGAAGCCAAGAACUUUUGCGAAGAAAUUCACCCCAGUGUUUACCACAGGGUCAAGCACUGGAGCAAGGACGGAAAGCGGUAUACGCCUGCUCCAUUUGUUGGGGACAGGUAUAAGAGCUGGGAGCAUGUCGACGCUGGCAAUAAGGAAAAGGCGCGAUGGGUGAAGACUGAGAAGUCCAGUGGAAAGAAACUCGUCUUGAACGAGUAUCAGAUCCCAAAGAACGCAGAUCUGACUGGGGAGUACAAGAAAGAGGCGGGUUACGACCACUGGGAGGGUAGUUUGGAGAGGACCUUUGCCCCGAAGGACGUGCUCGCGGCACAGGAUGCCUUGUAA